AUGCGUACCCUAGGAUCAGACAAGAGGCCUAUUAGCCACUUUUUAGGACGACGUCGCACCAUAGAUAAAGUUGGUCCGUCUGUACCAGUUCUAGAGCCACCACAGAAACCAGCUGGGUAUCCUGGAGGACCUUCGGAUCGAUCAUUACUUGUUCGAUACGAGCACCACGUUGCUCGACGUCUAUGGUUCGAGGAGGAAAGAGGUCCCAAAAAGGAGCUUAAAGUCGCAAGACAUGGGACGAAGCUGAAGGAGAGGGUUCCUCAUUUGCUCCUAUCAGAGGUGGACGAUGUGAUGUCUAGGUCAGAGACAUCGUCAUUUCACAUACCAUUUGGUGAGAUGACGAUUACAUUGGAUGAUGUUGCCAGUCUGCUGCACUUGCCUAUUGGGGGUUUGUUCAGGUAUCCAGAAGAGCAUGUCACUGAGGAGAUGGAAAUUGAGCUUGGCAUUCAGUACUUGGGAGUGGAGAGGGGUGAGAUGGCUCGACAUGUGCGUAACUGCAGUGGAUCUUAUUAUACAUUACAAUGGUUAUAUAAUAAAUUUGUGGAGUAUCGAGCUGCUAGUAGCUGGGCAUUUGCGACCAGGGCAUAUCUUAUGAUGUUGGUGGGAUGUACGAUUUUUGCUGACAAGACUUUUACUCUUGUCGAGGCCCGAUAUUUGUUGCUUUUUAAAGACUUACAAAGACUUAGUGCUUAUAGUUGGGCAUCUGCUGCAUUGGUCACUCUCUAUCGACAUCUUGGAGAUGCAUUUAUGUUUAGUUGCAAGCAGCUAGGUGGAUAUCCUACUCUUCUACAAAUUCAUGAGUAUUUUCCCACACUUGGAAGGAAAGGAGAGAACUGGCGUCCAUCUGAAAAUCAUGGGCUUCCUCGGGCGAUGAGAUGGUCGUACAAGCAAGAAGCCGUGAAAGUGGAUGAGCUUAGACUGUUUGGUCUUCGGCAGAGCGAUGAUGACAUUUAUGUGGAGUGGAUUGGUUAUGACCGGAGCGUGGCGGAUGUGGUUAGAGACACCGCAGCAGUCAGAUUCCCCUCUGAGACAGUUGAUGGAUAA